UCAACCAAAAUCAACUUUCAGAAAACGAGCCAAUUUUUAAUCGCGUUUCGGAACGAACGGGACCAUGAAGCUUUUGUUUACAUUGGCGCCCCUUUCGUCGCUGCUGCUGCUGCUUCUUCAAUCCACCAAUGGGAUCGCGGAGCAAAGGUGCCCGAGUGCCUAUACAUGUCUUCAAGAGAAUAGAGAUGUUCCUGAGAAUGCUAACCUUAGGAAUAUCUUGAAUCUUAACCUCCCUUUUAAAGACACAACCUGGUUUAUGAACGAGUUUAAGAGGCUGAAAAGCAACGGAAAUGUUACCAAGUCCUCAACUGCUUCUGAGACGUCCGCAUCAUCAGAAACUCUGCGUCUCGCAGACUUCUUUCACUGGGAUAGUAUUUUGAGCCUCCAUAAUGUCGAAGAAAUGAUUCGAGAAGCCGAAGUCGAGGGCGAACGGAACUUCCUGCAUCUCGAGAACCUGAAGCAGCUCAUCCACGAGAUGGGUAUCGUGGUGUCCAAGGACGACCCGGCGAAUACACAUAUCAACGGCUUCCGCAGAACUGACAUCAUAUCUACUCAGAAUUCCGUGGUUGGCUUCCUGUUAGAUGAAUACACGAAGGUCUUCAUCACAAGAAACAAAAUGUCUACGAGAGCGAGCUCUGGCCUUGGCCUCCUGGGGGACUUGGAAAACUGCAAGUCUCAGUUCCAUAAGAUGUUAGUGGCUCCAUUUCAGCUUCUCCCUGGAAUCUUUGGUAGCGAUCAGAAGGUAGGCUCUGAAGUUAGUGCCUGUGAUCCUCAUAGCCGCUACAGGACGAUGGAUGGGUCCUGCAACAACCUGAAGGACCCUCUGAAGGGUGCUGCCUUCAGAAGAUUCAACAGGAUUCUGUGGCCAGAUUAUUAUAAAGGAGUCUCGCAUUUACGAAGAGAUACAAAUGGCCAGCCGCUGCCCAGUGCCAGGUUGGUUAGCACUACGAUAAACUCGUUGAAAGUCAGCCCUGAAACUGGUGAUCUAUCUUCUCUCCACAUGUCGUAUGGGCAGUUCCUAGACCAUGACAUCACAAGAACACCUGUGAUGAGGGUUCUACAACCGCCAAAUGGAACGGCCACAAUUUAUGGGCGCCCAAUCAAGUGUUGUGACGAGAGGUUGCAUGGAAUGGCUGAAAAUCUAGAAGAUUUGGGGUGCGCUCCCAUAGAUAUUCCUAAGAAAGAUCCCUUCUACUCAAGCUUCAAACAAACGUGUAUGGAGUUUGUGAGGUCCGCGCCAGCCUCCCGGUGUACCCUGGGCCCGAGAGAACAAAUGAACGAGCAAUCUGCCUAUCUGGAUGCAUCCCAAAUCUACGGAGAGAAGCCAACCACCCCAGGCAAUGAUCCUCUGAGAACCAAUGUUGACGGUCUUCUGCUCAGUCACAUAACUGAAGAAGGGGUUGAACUGCUUCCACUUUCAAAGACCUUGAAUGAUGGGUGUAACGUCCCAAAGCAUGCGGCCAAGGGAGAGUUCUGCUUCAAAGCAGGUGAUGGACGUGUCAAUCAGAUCCUGUCCUUGACCUCUUUCCAUGUAUUAUGGGCUCGUGAGCACAACAGAGUGGCAAAGAUCCUCAAGGACCUUCGUCCAAGAGCUAAAGAUGAAGAACUUUACCAGGAAUCCAGGAGGAUCAUUGCAGCAGAGCUCCAACACAUCACCUACAAUGAGUUCCUCCCAAGUGUGAUACCCUUUUCGAUCUUAGCAGCUCAAAGAAUGCUUCCCGAGACAGGACGAACCCAAACAAAAUCAUACAAUCCUACAGUAGAUGCUACAAUCACCAAUUCCUUCUCAACUGCUGCCUACCGCUUUGGGCACAGUGAAAUAAGAGAUUCCAUCCUGCACCUAAAGGAGAAUGGAAAAACUGAGGAAGAUGACCUUUCCACUUACUUCUUCGACCCUUUCGACCUCUAUGAUCUACAUGGCAUGGGGGACUUAGCUAGAGGAGAAUCACGCACCCAUUCUAAGAUGGUGGACCAGUUCUUCACAAAGGAGGUAGCAGGAAAGCUCUUCCGAGGCUCCUUUGACUUCGGGCUAGACCUGCUGGCUCUGAACAUCCAGCGAGGUAGAGACCAUGGCCUUCCAGGGUACACAAAAUGGCUGGCCAAAUGUGGAUAUCGAAAUAUCAACAAAUUUGAGGACCUUUCUCGCGUCAUGCCUAACAACACCAUCGCAGCCCUGAGGAGUGUUUACAAAUCUGUACACGACAUAGACUUGUACCCAGGAGGGAUCUCUGAAAUACACUUGGAGGGAGGGAUUCUCGGCCCCACUUUCACCUGUAUACUGACUGAUCAGUUCAAGAGGAUGAAAUUUGGUGAUCGCUUCUGGUAUGAAGAGAGAGACCAGGCUGGGUCAUUCACGAAGGACCAAAUUCAAGAACUGCACAAGGUCUCCCUCGCGAGGGUAUUCUGCAACAACAUUCCAGACCUGACGAGGAUCCAGCGCUUCCCGCUUCUGGAACCAGGACCCAAAAACCCAAUUCUGCCCUGCGAGUGUCACAGCAGCCUCAUUCCGAACUAUGACCUUACUCCUUGGAGGAAGACAUGAGAUAUCGGCUGGGCUGCUCCUAUUAUUUCUUUUUGUUAUAAAUACUUUUGUGUGUAUUUUUCUUCACGUAAUUAACAC